UGAUAAAUUGCGGGAGAGGGUGCGUUAUAAGGCUAUCUCCUGCGUCUCUGAUAUGCACCAAUAUGCUUGGAUGGAUUUUUCGUAAUAGUGGUGGUUUUAGAACGCAGAGGAAGCUCCAAAAUCAAUUGCAGUUUCAGUGGGAGUGCUUAAACUGGCUAACCCACGUCAGAAAUCCUUUCAUUUGAGUUGUUUGGUUCAGAAAGUGGGGUUUUGAACAUGGGUUUGCUGGGGGAAACCCUGACACAGAUUCUGAUACCUGUGGCUGCAAUAGUUGGGAUUGGGUUUGCUCUGUUGCAGUGGCUCUUGGUUUCAAGGGUCAGGGUGUCGGCCGACCCUGACUCCGGUUUGGACAAUGGGUGUAGUGAUAGGUUGAUUGAAGAGGAGGAAGAGUCUGUUGACAUUCAUGGUGUUGCCGCCAAAUGUGCAGAGAUUCAGAACGCCAUAUCUGUUGGGGCAACUUCAUUUCUUUUCACUGAAUACAAGUACUUGAGCAUUUUCAUGACUGUUUUUGGUGCCAUCAUUUUCCUCUUCCUCGGUUCAGUUAAAGGUUUCAGCAUUAAGAGUGAACCUUGCACCUAUAACAAGGAGAACCUCUGUAAACCAGCUUUGGCCAAUGCCAUCUUUAGCACGGUUGCUUUCUUGCUUGGUGCUCUGACCUCUGUUCUUUCGGGGUUCCUUGGAAUGAAGAUUGCAACCUUUGCAAAUGCAAGAACAACAUUAGAAGCAAGGAAGGGUGUAGGUAAGGCCUUCAUUACGGCCUUCCGAUCUGGUGCUGUCAUGGGGUUCCUUCUGGCUGCCAAUGGCCUCUUGGUUCUGUAUAUUUCCAUUAAUCUCUUUAGAUUAUACUAUGGGGAUGACUGGGAGGGGCUUUAUGAGUCCAUUACUGGUUAUGGCCUUGGAGGUUCUUCGAUGGCACUCUUCGGAAGAGUUGGAGGAGGUAUAUACACAAAAGCAGCUGAUGUUGGUGCUGACCUUGUUGGGAAAGUUGAACGAAACAUUCCUGAAGAUGACCCACGAAACCCAGCUGUUAUUGCAGAUAAUGUUGGUGACAACGUUGGAGAUAUUGCAGGGAUGGGCUCUGACCUGUUUGGUUCCUAUGCUGAGUCAUCCUGUGCUGCAUUGUUUGUUGCAUCAAUUUCCUCCUUUGGCAUUGGUCAUGACUUCUCUGCCAUGUCUUAUCCUCUGAUUAUAAGCUCAAUGGGAAUUGUGGUUUGCCUCAUAACCACACUUUUUGCUACUGAUCUCUUUGAAAUAAAAGAUGUGACUGAAAUUGAACCAUCCUUGAAGCGACAGCUUCUCAUAUCAACAAUUCUGAUGACUGUUGGGAUUGCCAUUGUUAGCUUUGUUGCUCUGCCUUCCGAAUUCACUCUCUUUAACUUUGGGACAGAAAAGACUGUAAAAAACUGGCACCUCUCUAUAUGCGUUUCAGUUGGCUUGUGGGCGGGUCUUGUAAUUGGAUACACUACUGAAUAUUAUACCAGUAAUGCUUAUAGUCCAGUGCAGGAUGUAGCUGACUCUUGUAGGACAGGUGCAGCAACAAAUGUUAUCUUUGGCCUUGCUUUGGGAUACAAAUCCGUAAUUAUUCCCAUAUUCGCCAUCGCCAUUGCCAUUUUUGUGAGCUUCAGCUUUGGUGCCAUGUAUGGAAUUGCAGUGGCUGCUCUGGGAAUGCUGAGUACCAUAGCAACUGGGCUUGCAAUUGAUGCCUAUGGGCCUAUAAGUGACAAUGCUGGUGGAAUUGCAGAGAUGGCUGGAAUGAGCCACAAGAUCCGUGAAAGAACAGAUGCUCUGGAUGCUGCAGGAAACACAACUGCUGCUAUUGGAAAGGGUUUUGCAAUUGGAUCGGCUGCUCUCGUCUCUCUUGCAUUAUUUGGUGCCUUUGUGAGUAGGGCUGGCAUCACGGCUGUUGAUGUGUUGAGCCCAAAAGUAUUCAUUGGAUUGAUUGUGGGGGCCAUGCUUCCAUACUGGUUCUCAGCUAUGACAAUGAAGAGUGUUGGAAGUGCUGCUCUGAAGAUGGUGGAAGAGGUGCGUAGACAAUUCAACUCAAUUCCAGGGCUCAUGGAGGGAAGGACAAAACCAGACUAUGCAACCUGUGUGAAGAUCUCCACUGAUGCUUCGAUCAAGGAGAUGAUCCCACCUGGUGCAUUGGUUAUGCUUACACCACUUAUUGCUGGAACAUUCUUUGGGGUGGAAACUCUAGCUGGGGUUCUUGCUGGUUCACUCGUCUCUGGUGUGCAGGUUGCCAUCUCGGCCUCCAACACUGGUGGUGCUUGGGAUAAUGCAAAGAAAUACAUCGAGGCUGGUGCUUCUGAACAUGCACGUUCAUUAGGCCCAAAGGGAUCAGACCCCCAUAAGGCAGCAGUGAUUGGGGACACAAUUGGAGAUCCCCUCAAGGAUACUUCUGGUCCUUCCCUCAACAUCCUGAUAAAGCUCAUGGCGGUAGAAUCGUUGGUCUUUGCUCCAUUCUUUGCAACUCACGGGGGUUUUCUUUUCAAGUGGCUUUGAGAUGGAGUUCUAGUGAUCAGGGUUGAGCUGGUGGUGAUCAGGGUUGGAAAUCAAGAAGCAAAGUUUGCCAUGGUUUUGCUCUGCUAUCUACUUAGUUGUUCUAAGCAACUUCCCUGCUUAGAAUCAUAAAUCGGAUUGAGUAAGAAUAAAAUAGAUAUUCCCACUGUACGUAUACCUAAAUCUGUCUCUGGACUGGAUUUUACUAAUCAUUUCCUCUUAAUUCUUAGCUGCCUUGCUCAUUGUAUA